CCGCCAAUUAGCACACAGAAGAAGAACAAGAAGAACAAGAAGUGAUAGAGCGCAACUCUUUAGCAUCUGCUGUACUCACAGGAUGCCUGAAGACCAACAUCAUAGCGACUUUGAUUGAAAAAUGCUGAACUAAGGUUCAUGCUUAGGAAAUAGCGCCUCCUGCAGGAGGGAGGAAGUGUGUGUGUAUGUCUAUAAGCCUGGGCAGUGACGCACACGUAAUGGGUCCGAGGAGGAAGGCCUCUAAACUCCAGCCUGUAGUGGGCAGCGGUGGAGGGGAACUGCUCCUGAGACCUAGUGAGCCCAAAGACUACAUCAAUGAGCUGUCCCAUGAAGUCCUCUGUCAUAUAUUCAGGUACCUUCCCAUGAAGGACAUCAUGUGUAUGGAGUGUCUGUCCAGAAAGCUUCGGGAAGCUGUAACUCUGUAUCUGCGAGUGGUCAAGGUGGUGGAUCUAUGUGCGGGUCGCUGGUGGGAGUACAUGCCUUCAGGCUUUACAGACGGCAGUUUUCUGCUCCUUUUGAAGAAGAUGCCAGAUCUGGAGCAGCUAUAUGGCCUCCACCCUCGAUACCUGGAGAGGAGACGAGUCCGAGGCUACGAGGCUUUCAGUAUACCUGGAGUCCUGGAGGCACUACAAGCCUGUCCCAAUCUGUUGGGUGUGGAGACGUCCCACCUAGAGCUGGUGGAAGCCAUAUGGAACUACAUGCCCCAGGUUCAUAUACUUGGAAAGUUCCGCAACCGUAACGGGGCUUUUCCCAUUCCUGCUGAGAACAAACUGACCAUCCCCAUCACUGCAAAGAUCCAGACCCUACAUCUAGUGGGUGUGAAUGUCCCAGAGAUCCCCUGUGUGUCCAUGCUGCGCCAUCUUUACCUGAAGUGGGUCCGCCUCACCAAACCACAGCCGUUUAAGGACUUUCUGUGUGUGAGCCUGAGAACCUUUGUCAUGCGGAACUGUGCAGGGCCAACCAACUCCCUCAAAUACGUUCCCCUGGUUACUGGGUUAGCAUCAGCCCGGAACCUGGAGCAGCUGGAGUUGGUGAGGGUUCCCUUCCUCGGAGGGCUGAUCCAACAUGUGGUGGAGGACAGCUGGAGGUCAGGAGGAUUUCGGAACCUCCACACCAUUGUGUUUGGAGCCUGUAAGAACGCUCUGGAAGUGGACCUGGGCUACCUCAUCAUCACUGCUGCACGCAGACUUCAUGAGCUGCGUAUCCAGCCGUCACUCACUAAAGAUGGCGUCUUCUCAGCUCUCAAAAUGGCUGAACUAGAGUUUCCUCAGUUUGAGACGCUUCAUCUGGGAUACGUGGAUGAGUUCCUGCUGCAAUGUAAGAUGAGCCACUCGGAGCUGGUGAAGUAUGGUCUGGCUGAUGUCAUCGAGAACCCCGGCAUCAUCACUGAUAUCGGCAUAAAGGUGGUGAACGAGGUGUUCACUAAUAUUAAAUACCUGCUCAUCUACAAUUGUCCUCACCUGCAUAACCCUCACCACUGGAUCACAGAUCAGUCCAGAUGGAGUCGUCUUGUCGAUCUCACUCUGGUUCGCUGUCAUGCCAUCAAACUGGAAUCCUUCUCCCAGUUCAUAGAGUUACUUCCCAGUCUGGAGUUUAUCUGUCUGGACCAGAUGUUCAGAGAACCACCCAAGGGCUGUGCCAGGGUGGGCCUGAGUGCAGGAACUGGUAUUGGUGUUUCCUCUGCAUUGGUCAGCAACCAGAACUCUAACAAUGACAAUGACAACAACAACAACCACCACCACCACAAUAAUGAGCCCAACCUGCCUCCUGGUCCUCCACCUGCCAACAACGUCAACAACGCCAACAACGUCAACAAUGUGAACAACGUCAACAACAUCAACAACAACAACCAAAGACGGCAGCAGCACAUCGCACCAGUAGAGGUAAAUGGGAUGGAGGAUGAAGAGGAAGAGGAUGAGGAGGUGAUGUUGGAGGAGGAGAACGUGGAGGCUGAGCAUCAAAUGGAGCUGAAAGGAGCAGAAGGGAAGGUGAGAGCUGACGUAGCUCCAGGGCACAGUCGUCCAGAUGGAACGCCACGACUUCCUGAUGAAGAGCAAGCAGGUCCCAGUGGUUUAGUCCAGCAGAGCAGACCAGCUGGUGUACCUGUACCAAAGCCCCCACUGGUCAUCUCAGACUCUGACAGUGAGGAAGAGGAAGGUCUUGUUUCAAGGCUAAUGCCAGCUUCCUGUACAGAAGGUGUCAGCACAACACAGAUCACACCCAGCCGUCACAACAGUAAAGGAAAGACUCCUCUGAGGCGGAGCAACAAUGUGGCUGUAUCAGUGGCAGACUCUGGAGAUCUGACAAAGGCUCAGUUGUUAGAAAGCAGCUGUGAAAAGAGCUGCCAGGUUACAAGUGAACAGAUCAAAGCAGACAUGAAGGCUGCUGCUGACAACAGCAGGAGGACUAGUGCUAAAGGAAUUGCUACUGAGGCUAUGGAGAAUACUGCAAGACCUGUGGCUGACAUCGGGACAGUACGGGGCACUGGGAGUGCUGCGGCAGCAGCAAGGACCGGUGUGAGGCCGCUGACUGGAUCUGUGGGCAGGGUCGGACCUGGAGCAGCCACAUCCAGGCAGGUGGGAGGAUGUGGGAGGGUGGUGGUGGGCACCUCCCAUAGAGCAACCACAACCACAACCACUGACAGAGCAACAGGAACUGGCAGGACUAGUGACAGCACAGAGGCACCCUCUGGAGCAGAGACUGGGGUGAUGCAGAGCUCUGCUCCUGCCUGUGUGGACACUCUGGAGCCCAGGGGUGCUGCUGUAACCCAUGCCUACAGGAGACCAACACUGCUGCCUGGACAGGGAGAGAGACAAUCUGCUCCUGCUGGAUCUGCUUCCGCUAACGGUUCAGCUUCACAGCAGGGUCAUGCCGGAGACAAGGACUUUGUUCCUCGACGACCUAUGACGCGAUCUUGCACUCGUAUGUCCUCUGUGUCGCUGAUAUCUGAGACAGAUCUUUCAAGAGCCAGGCCUCGAGUAGCAGUGAGGAGGAAACGAAUGGCUGACAAAUCAACCAGCACAUCGGACCCGGUCACUGAGGAUGACCACAUACAGAUUUUGUCUCUGAAGAGUAAGAACCUGGUGGGCAUCACUCUGACCAACUGUGGAAUCACUGACCUGGUCCUCAAAGACUGCCCCAAGAUGAUGUUCAUUCAUGCCACCAGGUGUCGAGUGUUGAAGCAGCUGCGGGUAGAAAGUGCGCCCAUAGUCAACAGGUUUGAUUACGCUCAGUGUAAGAAGUUGGACAUGGAACAGGUCCUGGAUCAGAUACUGAGAAUGCCUCCUGAGAGGAACCGCAUCAUCUAUAUGCGCCCCAUGCACCAGAUUGACUCUGUAGCAUUGGAGCGCCAGCUCUUCCAGGGGCCCUAUCCCUAUCACAUCGCUAUAGUGCACGAGUUCAGCAACCCUCCAAAUAUACGCAACAAGGUUCGCAUUCGCAGCUGGAUGGACACCAUAGCCAACAUCAGCCAAGAGUUGAUCAAGUACGAGUUCUUCCCCGAGGCCACAAGGACGGAAGAGGAUGUGAAGAAGUAUCCCAAAUACCCCUGGGGUCGGGACAUCUAUACACUGGAGGGAGUGGUGGAUGGCGCUCCCUACAGCAUGAUAACAGACUUCCCCUGGCUGAGGACUCUGAGAGCAGCUGACCCCAACAGCUACGCCCGCUAUGACUUUGAGGACGAUGAAAGCACCACCAUCUACGCACCCAGGCGUAAAGGCCAGCUGUCAGCUGACAUCUGCAUGGAGACCAUCGGGGAGGAGAUCUCAGAGCGCCGACAGAGCAAAAGAGGAGUGUUUCAGAGAGUGGUGGUGCUAUUCCUCCAUCACUGUGAUACACCAGGAGAACCUGUGGACGAUGACUACAUCUAGACACCACAGAACACUCCUGUCCAUCAAGAGGGGUCCCAACAGACGGCAGUCCUGCAGCACUGCCUGAGCUCCUCACUCAAAGAGACCUGUCUAGUCUGGAUGAGCUUCACAACUUAUAUCUGAUGCUGAUUUUCUUAUUAUUUGAGCUCAAUGUUAAAUUCAGCAUAAGCUACAUUUUAAUUUAGUAAAUAACGUUAACUUCCAACAUGACUUGGUUAGGAAUAAAAGCCUGUCUCUAAUCUAGUCCUGUUCUAAAUAAGUCCAUCAUUGAGGCGCUUAAGCCCAGGGUUCUGCACAGCUCGUGUUUACAGCUGCUUCUCAUGCAGAGAAGGAUUGUGCUGUGGGUCUGAUCUUUCAUCUGUCCACCGCCACAGUCCGCCUACCUCUGUACCACACAUGACCACACAUGACCAAUCACAGACAGAAAUGGCCUUAGACAGAAAUGUCAUAGAAAAUAUGCUUUUAAAUUCAAGUUGUCCUUCGGAGUUGUCGUUUUUCCUUCACAUGCAGAAGGCUCUGGAUGGUGGACGAUAUGUGUAAUGGCUUUGCAUUUCACCUCAGCAAGCAUCAAAUGGAGAAGACACAGAUGUUCAGUAUUCAUAUGGAGCUGGACAGAAAUGGAGCAGUUGCUGAUUAACUUUACCUACGGUUGAUGUUCGUACUAAGUAUCAGUCAUCUUUGCAUGUUAGGUCUAUUGGAGAAAGACUGAAAGCCCCACUGCCAGGGAACAAACUCCUGCCCAUCAAACUACUUUGUGCAGCUCACAUUCUCACUCCACCAACCGGACCUGGACACAAAUCACAACACUUCCAUGCAAAUGCAACGUGUCCGACAUGGCUCUGUUAUGUUGAGAUGUCGUUACCCCGGAGUAAGCAGCAUAAAGAGAGCGAACUGAACUGCUGCAAAGAUCUACAACAGUUUGACUUUCCCUUGAGCUUUCCCAAUGACAAGACAAAAUGCUUUAGAUUAGAUGGUUCUGGUCAAACAUAAGUAUAAGAAUGGACACAUCUGAAGCUACGUUUAGCUGCUUUGCUCAUCAUCAUAGAGAAAUACACAAUUGUGAGUUCAUGUGCCCGCUUGCAUUAAUAGGGUGACCACAUGAAACCACAGUGUUGUUAAAGUGCAAUUUAAAGCUGUGAUGUUGGAUUUCAGCAACGUCCAGUCAGUCGGGAUGCUUCACAGUGAACGUACAGUACAUGUAUGAUGUUGCCACUAAACAUAUCUUCCUGGUUGGCUGGUCAACCAGGAAGAUAUGUAGCUUUCAUUUGUUCUUGACACUUUUUUUCUUAUGUUUGUUUUUGAUCCAUGGCAAGUUUUAUUUCCUUUUUUUUUUUUUUUUUUUAUAAACAUGAGGAUCAGGACAAUUUAGGAACAUUUGAGAAAGAUUUAAGUGCUGAAACUUCAGGGGGUUUGAAUAGAUGCAUAAUUCUGACUGUGUUAUGUACACCUUUUCCCCUCAGACUUCUGACUUUGUUCUCAGAGGUCUACAUUCUGAUUUUUCCUCCCAGUUUUCUCAUUCCCAUCUCCCUAGGAGGGAUUGUGAAAGAAGGAUGUGUUAGUGUUGUCAUACAUGCAUUCAUACAGAAAGUGUCACUAGUCUACAGCUGACUCUCUGACAAACAUUUUUCAAGGUGGAGUAAUUGCAACAAUACAGCAAACGAAGUCAUAACAAAUUCAACUAUUCUGUAAUACACAAAAUUGGAAGAUGCAAAUGUUUAAAUUGAGUUUGAUUCUGACUUUGUGCACAGCAGCGGAGUGCUCAGCCUGUGAUGUACUGCUUCUUAAAGUCUCCUUAUCCAAGUCUCUGCCCUUAAUGGAUAGAACUCAGACUGCUACAUUGAAAUGACGUAUAUCAUGACGGGCGGAGAGGCUCCCAGUUCUAAAGUAUUUUGGGUCUGCCCUUUGCCUUUCUUGACUAAGAGGAGAUGUAACAUGAACCAUCAAACUGUUUCUGUUUUUCUUUUUCACAAUUUACUUUCAUAGCUAAGGAUUACUUGAAGAUUCCCCCUCAGCUUCCAUUGGUCAUGUACAGUAAUAGUGGCCUGUAGGACUGUGAAGGAGUGGAUAGAACUGAUUAUCUAAGUUCAGAUGUGGGGGUUCCUCACAUGUUCAGAAAGAUGAGCGACGUCAUUAUGAACUAACGGUGAAUGUUCACCAUCAUACGAACUGACGAUUCUUUUUGCAGGUUGAAUGGACAGAAGUGAGUCCAGCCUUCUGUUGUGUAUUGACAGCUGUACAGAUGUCAUGGAUGCCGAUAUGCUUCCAUGGUGUUUAUAUGUUUAUAACGAAAGAACAAGACUAUUUCACAUUGAAAAAUAAAAUAAUGGAAAAUAA